AUGGAAACAUACAACGGUCACGUCCGCACCCCCACAGAUGCCAUCAUUCUUUUCGAAGCCUGCAGGUUGGGCAUUCUCCCUCGCGUCCAACGAAGAUUAUCGGAGAAGGAGAGACAGUCCAUCCGGUCAGGGUCUGUGUUUGUUUGGGAUGAACGAGAGGCAGGAAUGAGGAGGUGGACAGACGGCAAGAGUUGGAGUGCCAGUCGGGUUUCGGGCAGCUUCUUAACUUAUCGAGAGAUGGAAGGGAAAAGAGGAGGACAAACAUUUCCCUCGACCGGUACCAAAGGCACCAAGACUCCAGAGAGCGGGAACGAAGACCCGUCGCAAAAUGGCGAGGCCGAGGAUGGCCCUGAUGGGUAUCGCUACAAGCCAGACGGCCUGAUGAAACAAUCGUUCAGCAUCACCACCUCCCAAGGCCAACACUUGCAUCUCAUCAGCUACUAUUCCCGGUCACAUCCCACCGCCCAAGUAUUGCGGCAGCCGAGCACGGAUCCCAGCCUGGCUUCGAUCGUACCUGCGAAGGGCCUUUAUCCAGAAUCGACGAUCAAUGAUCAGUCGUCUGUACCGGCUGUCACUCGUUCUCCCAUGGUGGGAGUGCCUAGCUACGUUGUGAGCCCGAGUACCCCAGGUUACCACAGACCAGCCCACUCCAAUCCACACCCGUAUCUACCACCUGGGUAUAUGCCUCAUCCCACCUACAUAUACCCGAUUAGUCCGAUCCAUACUCCUCCCGGCCACUACCCUCUGCAAACCUAUGCAUCCCUCCCACCUGGCUUACCUCCGCUCGCGUAUGGCGCCGCUGCCUACGGUUCACCUCACCCGCUAUCUCUGAAUCACGCCCCACCAUCCUCGUACGACCAACGACCUUUACGGGGCUCCGAGCCCAGAUCAUCAGGGCCAACACCCCUACCAACGGCAACAUCAGGCCAAGGCCCGUUGCCGCCAUAUAACACCAACCACGGCGCACCCCUACCGUAUCAGCCCAGCUCUGCGACCGCAGCAACACCGUCGGGCCCUGCGGCAGAAAAUGGGGCCGAAAAGCAGGGCUAUCCCCUCCAACUAGAUCCGAGACUUUCAACGUCUUUGAGUGCCGGCGAGUCCCAGCCUAACGGCGACGUACAGAGAACCGAACAGGCUCCAAAUGAAAUGCGACCUUCCGAAGCCACUAACGUGAGCGCCAGUCAAGCACCUACGAUCACGGCAUUGGUUCACAACAUCACAACAAACCUGCCGCCGGCAGAGAGGCCACAAAUUGAAACGGAGGCCGAUCGGCAAGGCAGCACCAGCCCCGAUGGCACAACGAAUGGGGCACCUCCACAAGACAUUCCUAGCGAGAAGUUGGGAUUUCGCGAGGACAAAAGAGCUCUGAGCAAGCUCGACCGUGUAUUUGCGCGUGUCUGA